AUGCACAUGAUACAUAAUACCGUUCUACUGCUCUUCUCGCUAUUCGUGUUCGCAUUCACGCUGUUCUUCUCAUUCUCAUACGCAAUGUUCAAAAAUACGAAGCUGUCGUUCUACUCAAAAUGCUUUGCCGGCGGCGUACUGCUCAGCACAAUCAUCUUUCACAUCUUUCCCGACAUUUACACGUGUGAGCGGUGCUUCCUUGCGCCGUUCAGCGCAGGCAUAUCCUUUCUCAUACUUUUUUCCAUAGACAAGCUGUACCUGCAGUACAGGGACUCACACGGUGAGACCAUCACAAAGAUGAACGGCAGAUUGCAAGCACUCAUAUUCAUCUGUGCGCUGAGUGUGCACAGCUUUAUGGAGGGCCUUGGCACGUCUGUUAAGACGGGUACGGGUCUUAUGUGGUAUGCCACCGGAUUACUGGGGCAUAAGUGGAUAGAGGCAUUCGUUGUGAGUGUAACCAUGCACACCAGCAGUUUUUCACGGUGUGAGACGCUGUUCCUGCUCGUGUUCUACUCCAUUUUAACGCCGCUUGGCACUGUGCUGGGGCUGGUUCUGAUGAACAGCACGUACUCCACAUCGCGGACAGCCGAGCUGCUCAACGGAAUAGCAUGCGGGUCGUUCUUCUACAUAGGAUUUAUUGAAAUGCUUAACUCUGAGUUCAACCACCACUUUUCGCUUAAGAAGCGCGAUCAGAGGAAGAUCGCAGCGGUGUUCGCAGGUUUCUUCACGAUGACAAUCGUUGCGCUCGGGCUGUCUACGGUGUUUGAGGAUUAG